UAAGUUUGACUAUAUAAAAACGCAAACUUUGCUUUUAUUUAAGCUUCUGCUUUUGCUUCAAAGCUAUUUUUACCAACCUUGAAACACAAAGCUCUAGAACCCCAAGACGUCCGGUUCAAUUCACUGAGUCUCUCAGCUUCUGGUCUAGAAGGUAAACUCUCUCAAGUUUCAACCCCCACGUAGUCUUUCUUCUCAGCUUAAAUGGCUUGAAAGUUGAAAUCUUUCAGUUCAAUCUUGGUGCUCAAGUUUGUAUUCUGUGUCUUGCAUUUGCUUCAAUCCUAGUAGAAUUUCGUUUAAUCUAUGCUGUGUCUUCAAGCUUGUUAAAGUUUCUUCCUUUUUAGCUAAUUGGGUAUGUGGAUCUGGAACUUUAGUGGGGUUUUGUCGCAAAAUCGUGUCGUCUUAUUGUUAGCUCAAAUCUGAUCUUGAUUUGGGUGUUAAAAAACUCGGAUCUUUGUGUUAAUAGUUGUUAAGCCCCGAGCUUUGGUACUCAAUUUCUUUAGUCGUAUGCGUUUUGUUUGCUCUGAGUGAUUCAAGAUCUUUCUAAAUCAAGAAAAAUGCUUUUGAAUUUUGUGUCAAUGAAGAGCACUUAUAGACUUGGUUUUGUGUCUAUAUCUAUACCCAUUAUUCUUUUCUUGGUCUUUACAAUUCAUGUUACUCUAGCUGUCGAUUAUGUACCAGCUGAGAAAAUCCUCCUAAGCUGUGGGGGUACUGAUAAUACCGAUAGCGGUGGUCGGAAAUGGACCACGGAUAUUGGGUCUAAGUAUCUGUCAGCAAAUGGGAAAUCCACCACAUCCCCAGCUGCUACUCAGGACCCUUCAGUCCCGACAGUCCCUUAUAUGACUGCACGGGUUUUUCCCUCGAAUUUCACAUAUAGUAUUCCGGUUGUUGCUGGUCGUAAAUUUGUCCGUCUUCACUUUUAUGCGGCUUCCUAUGCGGGCUUAAAUGCAUCUGAUGGUGUUUUCUCUGUCACUGCCGGGCCUUAUACUCUCCUUAACAACUUCAGUGCUGCACAAACUACAGAAGCAUUGAAUUUUGAAGCAUUUCUUGUGAAGGAGUAUUCAAUCAAUGUUGAGGGUGCAACAUUGGAUAUAAGUUUCGUCCCAUCUACCAAAGCUCCAAGGGCGUAUGCGUUUGUGAAUGGCAUUGAGAUUGUGUCAAUGCCUGAUAUUUACAGUUCCACAGAUGGAACUCUGCCGAUUGUGGGUACGGGUACUUUUUUCUACAUUGAUAACACCACUGCACUUGAGAAUGUUUAUCGGUUGAAUGUGGGUGGAAAUGAUAUUUCACCCUCCCAUGAUACGGGUCUUUAUAGGUCCUGGGCCGAUGACUUGCCAUACCUCUAUGGAGCUGCCUUUGGGGUUUCAUAUUCUGCUGAUAACAACAUGAAAAUCCAGUAUCCUCCGGACAUGCCUACUUAUGUUGCACCAACUGAUGUCUACAGCACUGCUAGAUCAAUGGGGCCAAAUCCUGAAACCAAUCUCAAUUACAAUUUGACUUGGAUUUUCUCAGUUGAUUCCGGAUUCUCUUACCUUGUUAGGCUUCAUUUCUGCGAAAUUCAGGGAAAUGUAACUAAGAUUAAUCAAAGAGUGUUUGAUAUCUUCCUUUAUAAUCAAACUGCUCAGCCAGGUGCAGAUGUUAUUGCCUGGGCAAAUGAGCAAGAUGGGGUUGCGGUUUAUAAGGAUUUUGUGGUUCUUGUUCCAAAUGGAAGCCCGCAGCAGGAUAUGUGGCUUGCGCUGCAUCCAGACCAAUCUUCCAAGCCCAAUUAUUAUGAUGCAAUCUUGAAUGGAGUAGAGAUAUUCAAAGUUAAUGGUACAAAUGGUAAUCUUGCUGGGCCAAAUCCUAUCCCUGCUCCUAAACAGGAUGUAAUUGACCCAACAAGGGCUAGACCAUCAUCUGGUGGUGGUAAAACAAAGAAUCAGAAAGCAAUUAUCAUUGGAUGUGUUAGUGGUGGAAUUUUCUUAGCCCUUGUUCUUGGUUUCUUUCUUAUUGUUGCUUCCCGUCGCCGGCAUGGGAAAGACUCAAGUGCAAGCGAUGGUCCUUCUGGGUGGCUUCCACUUUCUCUGUAUGGAAAUUCACAUUCUGCUGGUUCUGCCAAAACAAAUACUACAGGAAGUUAUGCGUCCUCACUUCCUUCGAACCUUUGCCGCCACUUCUCAUUUUCUGAGAUCAAGGCUGCCACCAAGAACUUUGACGAGGCUCUACUUCUUGGGGUUGGAGGUUUUGGUAAAGUUUACAAGGGAGAAAUUGAUGGUGGAGCAACCCAAGUAGCAAUCAAGCGUGGGAACCCACUCUCUGAGCAAGGGGUACAUGAGUUCCAAACUGAGAUUGAAAUGCUGUCAAAACUUCGUCACCGCCACCUUGUUUCAUUGAUUGGCUAUUGUGAAGAGAACUGUGAAAUGAUUCUUGUUUAUGACUACAUGGCUCAUGGAACGAUGCGGGAGCAUCUUUACAAGACCCAAAAACCUCCUCUGCCUUGGAAGCAAAGGCUUGAGAUAUGCAUUGGAGCUGCACGCGGUUUACACUAUCUCCAUACUGGUGCCAAGCACACUAUCAUCCACCGAGAUGUUAAGACAACUAACAUUCUCUUGGAUGAGAAGUGGGUUGCAAAGGUUUCUGAUUUUGGGUUGUCAAAAACAGGUCCUACUUUGGAUAACACGCAUGUAAGCACUGUUGUUAAGGGUAGUUUUGGGUAUCUAGAUCCAGAGUACUUCAGGCGGCAGCAACUGACUGACAAAUCGGAUGUUUACUCAUUCGGGGUUGUUCUUUUUGAGACCUUGUGUGCUCGGCCAGCAUUGAACCCAACACUUCCAAAGGAGCAAGUGAGCUUGGCAGAGUGGGCUGCACACUGCCACAAGAAAGGUAUUCUUGAUCAGAUACUUGAUCCUUAUCUGAAGGGAAAGAUUGCGCCAGAAUGCUUCAACAAGUUUGCUGAGACUGCAAUGAAGUGUGUGGCUGAUCAGAGCAUUGAGAGGCCAUCUAUGGGUGAUGUGCUGUGGAACCUUGAGUUUGCUUUACAGCUACAAGAGAGUGCAGAGGAAAGUGGUGAAGGUAUCGGAGGAACGGGCAUUGAGGAGGAGCCAUUCGUACCCUAUAAAGGGAAGAAAGAUCCUGAUGCAUCACUGGGUUUUGAUGGCAAUGUCACGGACUCAAGGAGCAGUGGAAUGAGUAUGAGCAUAGGCGGCCGGAGUCUAGCAAGUGAAGACUCUGAUGGGUUGACACCUAGUGCUGUAUUCUCACAGAUUAUGAACCCGAAAGGACGUUAAAAAAUCACAAGUUAUUGCAUUUGCCACCGGCCGCUGGAUUUCGGUAAGGCAAUAUGCUUUCUGGUGUCUGAUCAAGCAGGUAGUCAUAUUUGGAUUUUCUUUCUUACCUUAUUCAUUUUACUUAAUGUUGAUUUUUUUUGGCAUUUUGAUCAGGUCGAUUCUAAUCUGUAUGUACCUCUAAGAGUGUAAAAAUAAUGUUAUGUACUACUUUUUAUUGCUUUGGAUGAUAAUAUUAAUUUCAUGCUACCAAUUUGUUUCCUCUUUCGCAUUUGGAUGGGGAAUUUCA